CAGGCCGCUCCCAUCAUGGCCGUCCCGCUGCUGGCAGACGGCACGGCGCAUGCGGUGCGGCGAACCACAGCGCCCCGCCGGAAGCGCUUCCGGCGACGGCACGAUGGCGGCGCUGCUGGCGCGGCUCAGCCGGGCUUCCUGCCGCUUCCGCGCCGUGCGCCCGGCCCUGGCCGCCGCCGCCCUGCCGCUCCGCUGCCCGGCCGCCCCGCCGGCGCCCCGCGGCCUCUCACCUUCUCGGCGGCCGAGCUGGUGCGCGCCGCGCCGGGUCCGCUGCGGCCCUACCUGCACCUGAUGCGCCUGCACCAGCCCGCCGGGACGUGGCUGCUGUACUUGCCGUGCACCUGGAGCAUCGGGCUGGCGGCUGAGCCGGGCUGCCUGCCUGACUGGCACACGCUGUGUCUGUUCGGCGCCGGAGCAGUCCUGAUGCGUGGGGCUGGCUGCACCAUCAACGACAUGUGGGACCGUGACUACGACAAACAGGUUGCAAGGACAGCAGGAAGACCCCUGGCAGCUGGAGAAAUCUCCACUUUUCAGUCCUUCGUUUUCCUUGGUGGACAGCUCAGCCUGGCUCUCUGCGUGCUUCUGUGUCUGAAUUACUACAGCAUCAUCCUGGGAGCAGCCUCCUUGUCUCUUGUGGUCACCUACCCUCUGAUGAAGAGAAUAACAUACUGGCCACAGUUAGUUUUGGGACUUACAUUUAACUGGGGAGCCCUCCUUGGCUGGUCUGCCAUCCGAGGGUCCUGCGAGUGGUCCGUGUGCCUGCCCUUGUACUUCGCUGGCGUCAUGUGGACCCUGGUCUACGACACCAUUUAUGCUCACCAGGAUAAGAGGGACGAUAUCAUUAUUGGUGUGAAGUCCACAGCAUUGAAAUUCAAGGAAGAUACGAAGCAGUGGCUCAGCGGCUUCAGCACAGCAAUGGUCUCGGGUUUGUGCGUGGCAGGAAUGAACUGUGACCAGACUUUCCCCUAUUACUCAGCUGUGGCUGCCGUAGGCGCUCACCUAGCACACCAGAUUUACACUUUGGAUAUAGACAAGCCUGAAGACUGUUGGAAGAAAUUUGCUUCAAAUCGUACUGUAGGAGUUCUGCUCUUCAUAGGGAUUGUGCUUGGAAAUCUCUGGAAAAGAAAAGACUCUGAGGCUGUAGAAGAGCCUUUAGAAAGCAGGUAGUUGAAAUUAUUACAGAUAUUGAUGUUUGUUUUAAUCUGGCUAAAAUUAAUAUCUCUAAGACGGGGAACACUUUUAACAUGAUUAUUUCUGAUUUAUUCUAUUUAUUUAUAAAAAAGCUGUUGAAAGUUUUCUUUUUUUUUUCUAAAAACAAACAAAACCAACAAAACACAACAAAACCAAGUACAUGAGACUAUCUUACAGUGUAAGUUGUGAUUACUCUUGAAUGACUUCAACCUCCCUAGUACUGAGGCUGCUCUGUUGGUCCUAUGUAAUACAAGGGAACUCUUGACCUGCUCUCCAGACUGUGAGCCCAGCAGUUUGUACAGAACAAGACCGAUGUCUCUAAGCAGCAGGACGUGGGAAAAUGUAAAGUGAUUUCAGUACGUAAAUAAAAUCUGUCUGUACGUGU